UCGCGUGUCAUUUUCAUCCUUUUAUCUCUCUCUACCGGUCUACCCUCCUCUCGUCUUCUCCCUCUCAUCGGUCUCGAGACUCUCGACGGAGGAGGAAUCUUUCAAGCACACAGAGAAACGAAGCCGUAAAGCUGAGUGCCUAAACCCUAAUCUUGUAGAUCAGCCAUGGCUUCUUCUAAAGAGCGUGAGAACUACGUUUACAUCGCUAAGCUAGCCGAACAGGCCGAGCGUUAUGAUGAAAUGGUGGAUUCAAUGAAGAAAGUGGCGAAGCUCGAUGUCGAAUUGACUGUUGAGGAAAGGAAUCUGCUCUCUGUUGGCUACAAGAACGUCAUUGGUGCUCGUAGGGCUUCCUGGAGGAUCCUUUCAUCUAUUGAGCAGAAGGAGGAAGCCAAAGGGAACGAGGUGAACGCGAAACGGAUCAAGGAGUACCGACAGAAGGUUGAAUCUGAGCUCUCCAACAUUUGUAACGAUAUCAUGACUGUAAUCGAUGAGCAUCUGAUUCCUUCUUCUACUGCUGGAGAAUCUACCGUUUUCUACUAUAAGAUGAAAGGGGAUUAUUAUCGAUAUCUUGCGGAGUUCAAAAGUGGCAACGACAGGAAAGAGGCCGCCGAUCAGUCUCUCAAAGCAUAUCAGACAGCAUCCAGUACAGCAGAAUCUGAUUUGUCUCCUACCCAUCCAAUCCGUUUGGGUUUGGCAUUGAAUUUCUCUGUCUUCUAUUAUGAGAUAAUGAAUUCACCUGAAAGGGCCUGCCACCUUGCCAAGCAAGCUUUUGAUGAAGCAAUUUCAGAGCUGGAUACCCUUAGUGAAGAAUCUUACAAAGAUAGCACUCUAAUUAUGCAGCUUCUGAGGGACAAUCUUACCUUGUGGACUUCUGAUAUUCCAGAGGAUGGAGCAGAUGAUCCCCAGAAGAUGGACAUUGCUGCCAAAGCCGGCGGAGGUGAGGAUGCAGAGUGAAGCGGACAGCCAUAGUGCCCUGAAGAUGUAAAACUGGGAGAAGUGUUGCCUGCUUGCAUGUCUGGGAUCUUGUUUCUUUAGUCAAGGAGAGAGUCUUGAAUAUCUAUCCCUUCAUUCCUUAUUAUCGUGUGGUUCUUAUUAUUGUCCUUAUUAUGAUUAUUAUCAUGAUAGUUUGAUGUUAUGACGUUGUCAGUCCGUUUGGCGUUUGCAUCCCCCACGCUCUUCUCCACUCUGCCGUGGUGGAUGGAAUUUAAAGGAUUGACUUGGUUGCUUUAGAAGGUUUCCUUUUCUUGAAAAUUGCGACAAGAUCGGAUGGACUGCUAUUACUGCUUCCACUACUGCUACUGGAAAUUUUCUUUCAUUCACCCCCUUCCUCUUUUUAGACCUUAUUCUGUGUACUGCUUGUUGAACUUGGAAUGUUCCAAUGUGGAUUCAGAUUAUUAAUAGGUAUCUGUUCUACU